AUGGCGACGUUUGAGAAGUCAUCUACGGCCUCGUCUCUCCUCUCUUCGCCUUCCUCCUUCUCCUGCCGCUCCCCCGCGCUGCAGCAGUCGCUUGGGACAGCUUCUCCCUCGCUCUCCCCCUGUCCGUCGCUCAACACGUCGUCAGUGAUCGUCCUCCUGCCCGACGACAGUGUGCGAUUGUACGAGCAGCGAAUCUCCGCCGAUCGCGUGCUCGCGGAGUUUCCGAACCACGAGCUCCGCCGCGCGGGCAGCCGACGGUCGUUAGACGCCAACAGCCGCUUAUCGUCGCGCGAAACUUACGCGCUAAUCGACCCCCAAUGCCUUGUCCACGCCAAGUCGCCUCUCCACAACUCCACUCUGUCACCCCAGCCGCAAAAGCUGCCUCCGCCGCUGCCGCAGUCGGAACCACCAGUGUCGCAGAACGAGUUAUUCUCGCCCACGACGCCACCUUUCGAACGUGCGCGAACGACAAGCCCCGAGCGGAGCCAGCCGGCCGCUACAACAGUCUGCCGCUCUUGUACUGCUCACCACCAUCAUGUGCAGUCUGCCGGCCAGCUCCACGGGCGCAUCACCGCCGGCGGCUCCGGAAAACCCGCCGCUUUUGGCGCAACCAGCUCCAGCGAUUUCGUGCAUGCGGCGGAGGUUUCGAGCCGCCUUCGCGGCGGUCGCCGCGGCGCGGUCGCCCCGCAGCACGUGUUCGAGGCGAUAGUGGCAGCUCCGUCCUCGCCUGAAGACCCAUCACCGCCUUCGGGUCGCUCUUCUGAUGUUGACGCGGCACGCGACCUUUUGCGAAGCGCCUCGAUGUCCGACGCACGGACAGCACAGCAUGUCGGUCGGCAUGAUUUGUCAGCGGGCGCCGGCGCUUGCGGCAGAGCAACGGCGGAAGGGACCUCAUCUCCACGAGAAUGUCCUGGCGACGACGACCGGCGGUUUACUGACUUCCGCGACAAGUUCACGACAUCGCCGGAGUCAGAAGCUGAAGGCGACGACACUCCGGCGGGAGUCACACUCGAUCGGGACAGCUGCUGCUUCCGUACCAACGCCGCGCGGACCGCGCAGCAGCAUUCAAUGGCGUCGCCUCUGCUGCGCCAGACGUCGCUCACGACGUACUUGCCGUCGACGGCGGCAGCGAUUGCGGGGUCAGGCGGGUUCCAGGCCGAGGCCGCAAGCACGAUGCGGCACGGCGCGCACGCUGCGGCUUCUCUGUCGCGCUUCCCCGGGCCCAAAAUGGCGGGCUUCUUCGACUCCCUCGGUUCGCGCUCCGUCUCGGCGGCCGGCGCGCCCGAUGACUGUGUGCGGCCGGCUCCACCGCUGCUGGAGGUACCCGCGAAAUUUCUUGACACGUCAGCAGGCCUUACUGGCACAAGCGACUCGGAGUUGCUGCGCCAUGGCGAGGUGCGCUUCGACGCGUGGAUGGACCACCCUGCGGCUGCUGACGUGCCAACGCCGCGCUUGCCGCGUCGCCGUCAAGGUUACCCCGCCGCCGAAGGAGGCCGCGGAACAGCGGCCAUGGCCGCGCAAACGGAGCGGCGCGGAGGCGACGCCAGCGGAAGUGGCGCUACGACUAGUGGCUCCUCGGGCGGCAUUCCUGCUCCAAACCAGCCAGUUAGUUCUAGCCUUGCUCCAACGGAUCGCUCAGUCUCUGUUUGCAACUGUAAGUCGCAAGAUGCCGUCGGAUUAGUUACCGCUUCUGAAAAAGACCAGCGGUGCGCUUCGGGAGGCAGCGAAGAGGAAGGAUCUUUCGAACGCGGAGCAGCCGCUGCGGCGGCCUCGGGUGCGCGACCCGGGUUUGUGCGGCAGCGCGCCACGUCAGCAUGCCUCGACCUCUCAUCGUCUACUAUCAGUGGUGGCAGCGGCGACGGCGGAGGCGAGGAUUUUCGUGAGACGACGCGCGGCGGUCGCGCUGGGAGAGCGGGGAGCUCGCUGUUCGAGGAGUGGACGGAUCUGGGCGGCAGGCCGCCGUGGGUGACAGGCGACAGCGCGAAUACGCCGCCUGGCAAGGACGCAUCGGCCAAGGCGACGGAGACUCGCCGUCCGAUCUUCCACCAGAAGACACCGUCGGGCCGCAUCCUGCAGGAGUUGUUCGAUCUAGAGAACGGCCCCCUGGACCUCGAGUUCCUAGUCAGUCUGCGCACGCCCAGCCGCCGCCAUUACGACUCGCCCGCUCACUCCUCGUCCGCGCGCUCCUCGCCUUACGCCCGCCGCACGCCGGCCACCACGCCCCCUCGCCCCCCCUCGUCCCUCACUCCCUCUUCUCCUGCUCCUGCUCCUACUGCUCCAACUGCCGCUGCUGCCUCAGACGGCUCGGCUCUGUCAGAUUCUGCCUCCGCGUCCGCCGCACUCGGUUCAGAAGCUACUGAAUCUGCUAUUUCCAGCGCCGCUUCUUCAGAAUCUCUUGCUGCUCAAGAUCCGGCUCUUGAUUCCACAAAUCCAGUUGCUCCAGCUGCCGCUCUUGACGAUUGCAGUGUUGACGAGGAGGACGAGGCAGCAGCAGCGGCGGCGUCAGCAUGGGCGGCGAUGGAGCUGGUGGAUGGGUCGGUGUCGCCGGCUGCUUCUGUGUCGCGCGGCUGGAUCGCCUCUGCUGCGCGCUCGCGCUUCAUCUCUCGCAUCGCUAGCAGCUUCAACUACUCCUCUCUGCAUGGCCGCCGCGGCCUCUUUGGCUUGCGUGCCAAGAGCAGCAGCGGCAACAGCAGCAGCAGCAGCUUCACCACUGGCGGGAAUGGGAACAGCAUGACAACAAUAGGCACUGCCCAACCACUCCCGCAGUCCGCUGCUGCUGCUGCUGCCGCUGCUCCUGGUGCUGUGGCUGGUGGGCAGAGUGGGGCCGGCAGUAGAGGCUGCUCUCGCAGCAUGUCAGUAGGAGCAGCCAACAGCAGCAGCGCGGGAAUGGUACACAGCAGCAGCACUGGUGGCGGAGGCGUGGCCCCGGCAACAAGCAUGGUCGCACCUGGAGGCCCGGAGCCGAGCCUGCAUGAUGCUGCGUGGCGAUUGCUGCUGCUGCAGCAGCAGAAGAUUGCGAUGAUGGAAGAGGAGAUUAUGCAGCUCCGGCAGCGCUGCCGGGCCGCAGGACUAGGCUCGGAUAAAAGCAGGAGCGGAGGAGUUGCGGUGACUGCUUCGGGCUCAUCCAAGGGUGAUGGUUUUCUGCUGGAGGGUCAGGGUGGGGAAGGGGCUUCAGGAGGAGCGGCGUAUUGCAGGCUUGGCCAGUAUUCGGUGAUCAAUGUGCGCAGGGGCCUGAGAGAGGGAGCGCAGGCAAAGGGGGAGAGCAACUCGUGUCUUAACCUUCCACUGCUGGAGACAGGCAGUGAUGCCACGGACGGCUUGGGAGGGAAUGAGAGUUUGAGUGUGCACAUCCUGUCCCCCACCUCUUCUCAUUCCACGUUGAGUUGGACAAGCCAUGCCGGCCGCCCCGAUUCAUCCGGGGAUAGUAUAUUUUCGCCUAGAUUUUCCCCACGGCCUGCUGUUGCAGCCAUGGGUGCUGCUGCGGCGGCUGCUGCUGCUGCUGCCGGGAAGGCUCUUGUGUCGAGUCCCUCGGCUGGCGGUAUUCGCCAUGGCUUCAGAGCUUUCUAG